CUUCCUUUCUCCUGCCUCUCCUCUGAAUGGUUGCUAAAGUUACCAGGCUUUUCCCCCUUCAGAGAUCCCAGCCUGGCUAUGGAGCAUGAACUGGUGCUGCUGCUGUGCUCGUGAAAAUCAUUUCAGCUUCCGAAUAUUCUCCAAUUCAAGGAUAGAGCAGAGUUCAAGUUUUAUCAAGAUAACUCAGAUACAGCGGUGACAGCCGGUGCACCAGAGCUGUUCAGCCAGAAUUUCAUACAGUUUACUGUGUGCAGGUGUCCCAGACCAUACACCAGAGAGAUGGGCACAGACCAGGAGGAAACAGGGUACCAGAAACAGUUUAAUGCAGCAGUGUCAGUCAUACAGAAUCUGCCUAAAAAUGGCUCAUAUCGUCCAUCUUACGAAGAGAUGCUGCGGUUCUACAGCUAUUACAAACAGGCCACGGUGGGACCCUGUAAUAUCGCACGUCCUGGUUUCUGGGAUCCUAUUGGCAAAUACAAAUGGGAUGCUUGGAACAGACUGGGCAGAAUGAGUCAAGAGGAUGCCAUGUGCUCAUACAUCCAAGAGAUGAAGCUGGUAGCACAAAAGGUUAUAGACACUGUGCCACUAGAAGAUACCUCUCCUGAGAUGUUUGAACAUUUCCGCCCCCUAUAUGAAGUGAUCCCUGACAUGCCACGUCCCCCGGAUUCCUUUUUCAGCAUGUCUUUUGAAGAAACAACUUUCAGGGAAGCAGAGGAGAAACAGCAGGAGGAGGGGAAUGAAGAGCUGUCAUAUUCACUGACACAGAACUCAUUCAGCGGCGGAACAAAUGUUUCUCAAGCAGGAGAAAGUCAGAGCAUUUCCACUGCCAGAGAGAGACGAGGAGAUCCUGUAGGAGAGGAUUCUCACCAAGCCCAAGGUGAAGAAAGAAGAGGGCAGAUCUUGGGAGCAGAGACAGAAGACUCCAGUGACAGCCUGGAACAGUUAGAUCUUGAUAAGGUUGGGUUCAUGUGGAGUCCCUCCAGUCAGGACUUUAAUGAUACAGUUACAUGGAUAUACCCUCACCUAUUUCGGCCAUCCAGUGAUGUAAUACCCGCAGAUUCAAAUUUGCGAAGGCAGAAGGAAGACACACUGAACGUCUCGGACCAUGGCUGUGAGAGAGAUGCCUGGCAGAUGAACCCCAGUAGGGAGCACAACUUAGACAGUGCUAAACGAUCACAGAGCAGGUGGCGGAAGUCCCAACACCAGCUGAACCCCCAGAUUAUGGCUACGGUGCAGUCCCUGCAGAAUUCCAUCCAGGUUUUAUCUGAUCGUUUGGAAAGCAUGGAGAAAGCACUGAAGGAACAACAGAUGGUUGAAUGUUCACGUCGAUACAAACCACAGAAACCCUGGUUCUCAUUCCCUGCUCCGUCCCGAACUCUGUUCUUCAUACUUGUUUGGCCGUUCAUUGUGAAUUGGCUUUUGCACAGAUAUUAUAGAAGAAAGAGAUGACCCCUCCCUUCACCCCGUCCAUUAAAAGCACCUAUUUCUUCUCACCUUUAAUGGAUAUAAUGAGCUUUCUUUUAAGACAAGGAAAAAGUUAAUGCAGGACUGUGAAUUAGACAAUGUAUUAGUGCCUAUACACUAUCUCCAUAAUCAGUUCUGGGCACCCCGAUUCACUUGCUGCUGGAUACACCUACCAUACCUGGGCUGUCAAUCUCUGGAUUCUGGCAAAUGUCAGAGGAACUGCUGUACCAGAUACCAUAGACCGUUACUAUUUAUUCGAUUUGUAUGGGGACUGUUUGUGCCUCUGUGUACUUGAUAUGCUCAGGGCCAAUUUUGAAUCCCAGUCCGGACCUGUGACCUAAGGAGGAAGCUUUGUUACUUUGCACUUCACAUUAGGAUUCAUCUACUGCUGGCAGGAACCAUACUUAUCAAUGGUCUCCUACUACCAAGGUCUAAUCAAUACAUCAUAUAAGGCCAGCAACGAAGGUGGUCAAUAAAUCCCAACAAGAGUAAGCAUACUUGCAGCUAGAUUUUAUCAUUAGCUGGAGAACCAUAGGCUCUUUUUGGACCAGACUGUUGUGCUGCACUCUCAUUACAGAGGUUGCACAACAAUAUGCUGUGAUUAUACUGUCAAGUUAUCUGUUUCAGACUCAGGUUCUAGACCUUUGUUCUCCUCCCUCUAGACACAUGCUCUAUUAUGGGAACAUGCUGCUACUAACAGUCUUGAGUGCCUUACUUGGGUGCGUUUUCGUUCUGAUGUCAUGAGCAACACACCUCAGAAAUAACUUUCCUGCAUAUUAACCAGCCAAAAACAAAAGAAGGAUAAAUAGCUGGCACAUGAAAAUGGCACAGUGUUCACGGUGGGAAGGCAGAUAAUGGCACAGAAGUCAACUUAGAAGUGUUGUGUAGAAGCUUUGGCUUUACCGCUGUAGUGUCUGAAGCACAGAUUUUCUUAAUUGCAAGUGGCCCUGCACAGAAGAUUAACACCCCCAAAUGUGCAGUGGUAUGUAGUUAAGCAAUAGUCAUGGGGUUAGGUAACCAUCAAUUACGCACAUUGACUUCUGUAGGGAGCAAACACUUGUACUAAUGGUGGUCAAUUCCUCCCACCACCAUAUCUGUAAGCCUAGUAGCACUAAGGCCUGCUGAUGAAAACAAGAAGUGCUAUGAAAGUAGCCCAAGACUUGCAAUUUCCACAAGACAGUGUGUAGUUCCAGGUGGGACUACCUAUCCACUUUUGGCAUAUUAUGACUGCAUCAAUGCCCCAUGCAGUCAUUUCUCGAUGGAAUUUUCAAACCUGCUCAAUAGAUAUCUGGCCUUUUUUCAGCCAAAUAUUUGAUGGGCAGGGCCUCCUUAGGGGACCAUACAUGGACCAAUAAGUGGCUGACUUACUCAGGAGUCAACCUCUGCACGGCCAUCUUUAGGGUAAGGACUCAUGGAGCGAGUUACUCGCCUGAGAUAGAUCUCUGCUAUCGGGGGUGACAAACCCCCUGAAAAGGCUUUCCAUCUGCAAAAAAAAAGUCAUCCGUGGAAAGCCCUUUGCAUUGCUUCGGUUUCGGACGACGCUUGAAGUUGCCUGCAAGAGGAAACUUCCUGUGACUUUGGAUUACCAAAACAAUGUGAAGGGCUUUCCACCAAUGACUUUGUUGCCAGUGGAAACCCUUUUCGGAGGGGUUACUCGCCCGCCAUAGCAGAGAUCUAUCGCGGGCAAAUAACUUGCUCCAUGGGUUCUUACCCUUAAUUAUUGUGUUGUUUGUAUUGUAAGACACUGGUCCCAAUCCCGAGAGUGUGUCCAGAAUCCCUGCCAAAAAGCAAAAUAGCAGUGGGAAUGUAGGCAGGCAUGAUGUAGUAUACUUGCACACAUUAAAGGUAUAAAAUGUCCUUAAAGAAUUAUCAGUGCAUUGCUGCACUAUUUAUAAUGACCAUGUUGGGCUUAAACAGUUAAACAUUAUACAGAGGUUGCCAGUAACAGCAACCAAUCGGUGCCAUACCACUAGAACCUAACUGCUGAUUGGUUACUCCCAAAUCAGUGCAACACACAACCUCUUGUAAUGCCAUGACAUGUGGCUGCUACUGACAACAUUGUGAGUACUGUUAUAAAAAGUCACAAAGUUUUACCAGGUCUUGUAACCCAUAUCAACCAAUCAGGUAUUGGUUUUCCAACAGGUAACCAGUAAAUGUUGCAUAGUCGGUAGGAGUUACUAGACCAGCGGGCACGUGGCAGCCCUUACCAUGUUAUUUGGCUUUAGCAUUUGGAAAUGGCUCCUUAUAUUACUGAGGUGCUGAGUUUAAUUGUAUAUCUGAUGUAAAUCUCUAAAUGUAUAAUGCGUUGGGGAAACUACAACCUGUCUGGAAUCGCAGAGAAAUAGUGUGCCAUUGGUACAGUAUAGAAACAGUAGCUUCAGCUGUAUCAUUAGGGAAACGUUGUAAUAGAAGGCUUCUGGUGCACUAAUAUUUAAUACAAUCAAUAUUUAUAUGAAUAAAGUCCAAUGUAUUGA